AUGGCAAGUAACAAAAUUUAUAAAACUUCUGAUUUAAAAAUAUUAUUCUGGAACGCUCGUAGCAUAAACAAACGUAAGGAAGAAUUACCCUCGCUACUAAAAGACAUAGAUAUAUUCAUAUGCGUCGAAUCAUGGCUAAAGGAUAAAAAUAUUGAAAAUGAAAAAAUAAUCGCUCCCGGCUUUGUACAAUAUAAAAAAAAUAGAACACACUCUACAGGCGGAGGUAUACUAAUAAUGGUUAGAAAAAACAUAGCCUAUCGCGAAAUUAAAAAAAUCAAAUCUCCAGAUCAGUCGGUAGAAGUAUGUGGUAUUAUUCUUACAAACACAAAACCUUCACUCGAUAUAAUUGUCAGCUACCGAACUCCGGGAAACGUAUUGUCGCAAGAGCACUGGCAUAAUAUCAUACAAAAUAUAAACACAAAUCGCCCAAGCAUCCUGGUGGGCGACUUUAACGCGCAUAACACCAUUUGGAAUUGCUCCUACACAGAUAAGAACGGAGAAAGGCUCUAUGAAAGCACAGAUGAAGCAAACUUAUACUUACAUAAUCAUAACACAAUUACUCGAUCGGACUUUCAUAGAAAUUUUCACUCUAACAUAGAUUUGUUAUUCUCAACUCAACAUUUAGCAGCCAAUAUUAACGUAGAAGCUAAAGAGGAAACAUUUGGAUCGGAUCACUACCCGAUUCUUUGCUCUAUAAAUAUCGAAAAAUGUACAUAUAAACGAAAAUCUUUCAAAAUUCAUUCAGUUAGAACAAAUUGGGAAAGAGUACAACUUCAACUAGAAGUAAAAUACCAAGAAUUCUUCUCUGCCAAAUAUGAUACCAGCACAGCACGAGAAAAAUACGAAACUUUUUUAGAAAUUAUAACAAAAGCCAUAGCCGAAAACACCCCUAUAAAGAAAAAAGUUAGCGCUAAAAAACAUAACAACCCGGCCUCAUGGUGGGACGAAGAAUGUAACAAAGCUAAACGGUUACGAAGAGCAGCACUUAAAAAAUGGCGAUUCACUCAAGACUUAGUAGACCUAAUAGCAUAUAAGAAGGCCGCGGCUAUAGCUACGAAACUAUUCAAAAAAAAGAAACGUCAAGACUUUAAAAAAUUCGCAGCCACUAUUAACUUCCGUAAAGACUCCUCUUACGCAUGGUAUAAAGCCAAAGUCCUUAAAAACAAGUGGAUCAAGAUAAAUUUACCACACCAAACAGAACACCUACAACUUCAGGAAAGUAUAAACGACGCGAUGAACAAAAUUACCCCUCCAUGGGUUACCUCUGACCCCCAAGAUAUACCGUUGUGCGCAGAGAAUGAAUUUUUUAGCACUCCGUUCGAUUUUGUUGAAUUCAAUAUGGCACUCGAAUCGACCAAUUGUUCAUCCGCGCCGGGUAUGGAUGGUAUCGAAUAUGGUACCAUAAAAAACUACCAGUGA